CAGUGUUAUUAAACUUGAGCUCAAAUUCAGACAAAUGAUAAAAUUUAGAGCAAAAGAUACGACGAAACGGAUGAUUCUCCGAAUCGUUGGUGGAGGUCGUGAUAAGAUCACAGAACCAGAGGACGACCAAUCACAUAGUGACGCCGCACUGGCCAACAACUGGACUAAUUUGAAUAAGUUGAGACAACCGCCGGAAAUUCAUAGCAAUGAAAACAUUGCAGCUGCAAGUGGUCGUACCCUUAGGAGGCGAUUGAGUGAUCAGGCCAUCAAAGAACGGCUGCGAGAUUUCCAAAAGGAAAGGCGACUCAUUUAUGCCGAACAGUUUGUUAACUGGACACUUGUGGACUGGUCGCACUUUUUGGAAGAUUCAAUUCUCCCUCAGAUUGAUCGGCAUUUCGAUGACGGGAACGUGCAUUUAUUGCAUGACAAUCAUCCCGUUCACAAAUCAAAUUUAGUCAGGAAUUGGAUUAACGAGAACAUCGGUCCCAUCGAGCACUUCCCUCUACCACAUCCA